AGGUAAAAAAACCCCACAAAAACCGUACACAACGGGGGAUUCACCCUGAAAACCAGUCUUAAAAUAGUGGAAUAAGGAAAAUUGCUAAAAAAAAAUUCUUUAGAUUAUUCACUGGGAGCAAACCUGAGUUAAGGUUUAGUCAACGACUCUGUUCAGAUAUGUGACACAUCGGACUCACAUUUUGCCGUCUGCUUCUGUCGUCUGCUAUAUUUUUUUAAAACUCACCGCUGAAUACUUACCACGUGUUUAAGAUGUCAACAAGCGACAUUGAUGAGCUCCACAUCGCCGAGGCGACCAUUGGAAAAAUUAUCCUUCAGUUUGAAAAAGGAGAGUACCCGAGCAAGGACAGCUCCCUGGCAUGUUCCCUCUACAGCGCUAUAAUGCCGUACCCGGAAGAUACGUGUUUUGCCGACAUCGGGUCGCUUAUCGAUAGUCAGUCGAGCAGCACUCUCCCGGUGGAUAUGAACGUCGCUACUUCAGGGACCAGAUUACGAAAUCUGAGGGAGGUGGACUUCUUGAACGAGUGUGGCACAAACCCAGAGGAAAACAUCGCCUUGCAAGAAGAUCUGAGCGAUUUCUGCAUCACCUACCAAACCAUGUCGCAGCUGGAAUGGCACGACGUGGCCGUGCCCGACUUGAACGAUAUGGCGGAAUCUGUCGAUCUUCGCUCGGAAUCCGACUCGGGAUUCGCGUACGGGGAACACAGCCCGAGUUCGGCCGAGGAUCUAACGGACGACGUGUCAGACGAUUCCAGCGAUUUUGGAUCUGAUGGAUGUGGUGGAAGCAAGUUUCUUCUCGAUAGAAAGUUCAAAUUCAACUUCCCGGAUGACCAGUCGGACAGUGACCCUCACCUUGACCAAUGUCAGCCCAUGCACACCGUGCUUGACAGCUCAUCACGGCUCCACUGUCCAUCACAGAAGAAGAAACCCGGUCGUAAGAAGGGCCAAACUUCCAACGUGCUUCAUCUGUGGGAGUUUAUUCGCGAUCUGCUUGUUGAUCCGGAAACGUGUGGCUCUCUGAUUCGGUGGGAGAACAGGACGGAAGGAGUCUUCCGUUUGGUCAAUUCAAACGACGUCGCCAUGUUGUGGGGUCAAAAGAAGAAGAACAAGAAACCGAUGACGUACGAGAAGAUGAGCAGAUCGUUACGAUACUCAAGAAAAGAAGGCUACUUCGUCGAUCUUCCCAAACACAGCGGUUAUCCCAAGAAGUUGUGUUUUCGAUUCGGUCCAAAAUCUCAUGGGUGGAAAUAAAACGUUUCUAUUGACCAGAAUCAUCUCAUAACACUGUAAUCAUGCUGCUGUGCAGCUUCAUUGCCAUUAGUUAAUGGGUUCACGUGACACGUAUUUCCGGUACAGAAAGCCAAUCAGAGUCUGUGCCUCACUUUGCUGGCAAAGAUGUCGACAUGUGAGCGUAGCGUCCGUGUUUUCGUGUCCUUCCUUCAAACACUUACAAUAUUUUUUUGCCGGACAAGAUGGAAUUUGCCAGCACCAGGACUGGUUAGAGAUAUCCAAAGUCGAGGAAGGAAUUAAAAAAAACAACGACCCCAGGACCUUCUAACAAUGAUCUGUAUGUAUGGAUGUGGUGACACUUUGCCGAUAACUUGAGCUCUACAACGAAAUACCAGAAAUGGAUUUAACAGCUCCCAGGGUCUUCCAAAGUAAUGCUGUGACGUCAUAUCUAGUCUAUAAAUUCUAUCGGAUAAUUAUGUGGAUAAUUGUGAAGGAGUGUGUAAAAUAUAUUACAUUUGUGACGUCAUGUCUAUGUUUCAGGAUACUGCUUUCCAUGAGAAACAAACAGUUAUAAGUGCCGUGAUGGUAAUAGGCAAUGUCAUACAAGGAUACACGAGCAGUAACGGAUAAUGAGAUGUUACAGCACUUCAUAUCAAUGAGCAAAUAAUUAAGGGGCGGGCACACUGUGUGAUUUGUAGUAACGAAUGGUAGCAUGCAGCCAUAAGUUGUUUUAUGAUGUUGACUAAAUCGUAACUAAUUUAGUCUGAUGCUACAAGAUGUUUUGAGAGAAUUACAAAAUCGUAACCAUUUUAGUCGCAAUUUACAAGUUGCUCCAUGAGAAUGACCAAAUCAUACUGUUUUAGUAACAUGAUACACGUUGUGUAGCACAAGAAGUGUGUAAAAAGAGAUACUUUAAAUAACAUGCUAAAAAUCGUUACUAAAAGUCGCACAGAUUGUUACCAUUAGUAAAAAUUAUUCAUGAACCUUUAUUUUUCUCUGAUUUUAUUCAUUGUCCCUUAUAAUUCUUAUGGGAUGAAUGACUGCGUAUAACCAUGAUUUAUAAUGUUACUUACAUUGUAUACUACUAUUAAAUGUCUCAUUUGAGUAGAUGUUCUAAUUUUAAGACACUGUUGACACUUUAAUUGAUAUGUUAGUGUGUUGUGUGCUUACGCUAAAGUCCGUGUGCCUGUAAAAUAAACUAUACCAAGUCACAUCUUCAGAUAGAAACACAUCUAUCUUUAAAUACAUGUAUAUAAUAUACAGUCUGCAUAAUUUGUAAAAAAUCAUCAUCAUUAUCACCACCACCACCACCACCACCACCACCGCCAUCACCACCAUUACCAUCACAACCACCACCACCACCACCACCAUCAUCAUCAUGAUCAUCAUCAUCAUCACCACCACCACCACCAUCAUCGUCAUCAUCACCGCCAUCACCACCACCACCAUCAUUAUCAUCAUCAUCAUCAUCAUCAUUAACAUGACCAAUAGCUACAGCGACAACAAACAUAAAAAGCCUUAGGAGCCAAUUAUGGAACGGACACGUUUUUCAAUUGUGAAAUGUUUUUAUAUGGUUCUAAGUUAUGACACCCAGAGGUUGAUCGUAUUUGUGCAUACUUACUAGGUGUGUGUGUGUGUGUGUGUGUGUGUGUGUGUGUGUGUGUGUGUGUGUGUGUGUGUGUGUGUGUGUGUGUGUGUGUGUGUCGUUAAACAGUAAAUUUAUUUAAUUAAUUUCGAUGCGACUUGAUGUCGAUUUGGGGCUAAAUAAAAUAUGGUAUGAAACGUGCCAAUAAAUAAGAAACUAUCUAUGUAGCGUUUUACGAGGUCGAGUUUUGUGGAGUCUGCAUGAUCACAAUGACAUUGUAGUGACGUCACGGCUUGAUAUAUUAUCCGCUGGGCUCUGUCUUGAACAGAUAUACAACAGAGAUAUGCUAGCGAUAAAAACACUGUAAGUGUUAGUCUCUGAAAAGACACUACUCACAAGUUUGAAAAUAAUCGUGUACAUAUGUAUAGGACAGUAUUACGAUGAUAUUUCUAAUGAUGUUUGCCUUGAUGGAUCUAAUAAAAUAUAUUUACAUACUGUUA